AUGACGGCAUCGUCGUCGGACGAGGGUCCGGCCGCCCUCAACAACUUCCUCCGGCCCUUCCACGUCGACGUGGACACGUGCCAUGCCCUUUCUCAGCGCUUCGUCGACAACUUUGCCCAUCUCGCCGCCGAGUCGCAGGAGCAGUUUCUCCCCACGCCUAUUUCGCAAUCGAUCCUGCGGCCCAUCGCAGACCAUGGCCAAGGACGACAUCUCGCAAUCGACAUUGGCGGAACCAACUUGAGGGUAGGUUUUGUUGAGCUACUCGCGGCAAAGCAGUCUCAAGACGGAGUCAACGGUGUCAAGGUCAACGGAGACAGCAAUGGCCACUCCAACGGCCACGCCAAUGGCCGGACAAACGGCCAGACCAACGGCAAUCAGCACCAGGAGGGCGAGCCGUCCGGCCGCAUACGGCGCCAUCUAGAGAAAUCGUGGCCCAUCUCAAACCACCUGAAGAACGACAACGCCGACAGCUUGUUCCUCUGGAUCGGCAAGUGCAUUGCCGAGGUCGUAGCGCAAGGGCGCCAGGCGUUCGACAUUCCCAGCGACGAGCCGUUACCGCUCGGCGUGACCUUUAGUUUCCCAACCGACCAGCACUCCUUGUCUGAGGCGACAAUAACCUCCAUGGGCAAGGGUUUUGCCAUACCCCCGGACGUCGAGCUGGGCGCGCGGCUUCAGCAUGGCUAUAACAAGUUCAAGACCGAGGACCUGCCGCCAAUACGUGUCGCCGCCAUCGCCAACGACUCCGUGUCCACGCUGGUCUCCUUCAUCUUCAACUUUGACGGCGCGGCGCACCGUCGAGCCACCAUGGGCCUGAUCCUCGGCACCGGGAGCAACGCCACCGUUCCACUGAGGUUGAACAGCCUCCAUCCGAACAAGCAGCAGCAAAAGGUUAGCGUAUUGCCUGGAGAGAAGGCCGAGGACGUCAAGAUUGCCGUCAACACAGAGUGGAGCAUCAACGGCACAGCGCCUCCCAUGCGAGAAAUGGGGUUGAUUACCCGCUGGGACGACGCUCUCAGCGCUCAGAACGAGAGGCCCGGGUUCCAGCCGCUCGAAUACAUGACGGCAGGGAGGUAUCUGGGUGAGCUGGGGCGGAUGAUGAUGCUGAGCUACCUGACGGAGACGCUGGGCUUGCCUGCUGAAACGCUCCCGUCGAUGCUUCUCGAACGACACAGCUUGACGACGACAUUUCUCAGCCACUUUAAGCCCCUGGAGCCUGCGGCGCUCGUGUCGAAGCUCAAGGAGGAGUUUCCGGAGCCGGUGGGAUUUGCGUGGACCGAGAGUUUCGCGGAAGCCUUGUACCACAUUGCAAAGGCUAUCGAGCUGCGGGCUGCGGGCAUAAUAGCGGCCGCCAUAAUCGCUCUACUGACGGUGGCUGAGGAGCUUCCCGCACACGGGUCUGCCUUGGAGGACUCGACAGUUACCGAGCUAGGCGUCGGCUACACGGGCGGCUGUAUUGUUCACUUCCAAGACUACCUGGCGGACUGCCAGCAGUUUGUGGACGCGCUGAUGAGGAAACGAUUUGGAGACAAGACGCCUUUGCGAGUGGCGCUGAGCCCAUGCCAUGAUGGAGGGAUAACAGGAGCCGGCAUCCUGGUGGCCGCAGCCAUGUCGAGUAAAAAACUGGAGACAUGA